AAAAAAAAAAGUCAGAAUCAGCAGCUCGGCUAGGAGACGUUUUAUUUUAUUGUUGAGCUUUGCGGCAAUAGCAUUACCUAUUUAAAAUUUUCAAUGCCAGUUGCGAUUUCCCAAUUAACUACCGUGCUCAGUUUCAAAUUGAUUUAAAAAUAUAAUAACUCAAAACAAUGUCGUCAGUUUGUCUUCCAGCUGGUGAUGUAUUUGUACCCAUAAAAAUUGAAGAAAAUAAUCUUCAUAUGGGGAUUUCAAAAUUACUUGAAGUUAUAAGACCUAAUUGGCCAGCUAACGAUAUCAAAUUUAAGUUAUUUACAGAUGGAAUUACUAAUAAAUUGGUGGCGUGUCAGCUAAACACAGACCCUAACAAUGAAAAUAUUGUGUUGGUACGGAUUUAUGGCAACAAAACUGACUUGCUUAUUGACAGAAAUGCAGAGUUACGAAACAUCAAAACUCUAAAUAAACUAGGGCUGGCUCCUCAAGUUUAUGGAAUGUUUGAAAAUGGUCUCGCUUAUCAAUACUAUCCCGGUGAGACGCUCACAGUUGAAUCUGUGUUAAAUCCUAAAAUAUGGCCACUAGUAGCAACUCAAAUGGCAAAAAUGCAUAAAGUUAAACUAGCAGAAGAAAUAAAAGAAGAGCCAAUGGUAUGGGAUAAAAUUGAACAAUUUUUAAUGUUAUUACCGGAACCUUUUACUGAUCCCAAAAAACAUAAAAGAUUUGUGAAUAGCUUUGGGUCAAUAACAAGACUAAGGAUAGAGUUUGAGCGCCUAAAAUCACACUUAAUCCGAACUGAGAGCCCAAUAGUGUUUGCUCACAAUGAUUUGCUUCUAGGAAACGUGAUCUACAACCAAGCUGAAGGGACCAUAGCUUUCAUUGAUUACGAAUAUGCAACAUAUAACUAUCAGGGGUUUGAUAUUGCCAACCACUUCAAUGAAUUUGUGGGUUUAUCAAUAGAGGAUAUCGAUUACAGUAGAUACCCGAGUGAAGAGUUCCAAAAACAAUGGAUCCAUACAUACCUCACAGAAUAUUUGAAUACUGACAAUCCGUCUGGCCAAGACAUUGACAAAGUAUACACUGAAGUACAGCAGCUAUCCUUGGCAUCGCAUUUUUUGUGGGGCAUAUGGUCCCUUGUUCAAUAUGAGCUAUCGAAUAUAGAUUUUGAUUUUGGAAGAUAUGCUGAAAUAAGGCUAAAUCAAUACCAAGAGCUAAAGGACAAAAUUUUCAAAGAAUUCAGUUGAAAUUGACAUGGACCCUGUUUUAUGCGAUCAGAUUGAGCAGACCAGCUUUUCGGACUUUGUUUAUUUAGAAAUAAGAAAAUUAUGUACAACAUUGUGAAUACGUCGAAUUGUAUUUAUUAUCCAAUAUUACAGAAAAAUAUUAUGUA